AUGGAAAAGAAGCGUAAAUUAAAUGUUCUUUCAAUUUCGGACAAAGUUCGUUUAAUACAGUUAGUAAGAAACCGUAAGAAAUGUGAAAUCGCCAAUGAAUUCAAUAUUCCACCAAAUACAUUAUCGUCAAUUAUUAAACAGAAAGAGAAAAUAAUGAAGUUAAAUUGUGGAAAUAUGAAAAAAAUGAGGAUGACUCCUUAUUUGGACAUUGAUAAAUGUUUGCUAAAAUGGUUUACUUACUCAGUAUUGAGAUAA